UCAAUUUCUAAAUAAGGAACUAGCAUGACUAGUACAUAUAUUUGUUACUGUGUAUACUUAUUCUAUAAAUUUAUAUAAAUUAUUUCUAUAAAUUUAUAUAAAUUAUAUAAAUUAAAUGAUAUAAAUGGGAUUAGAAUACAUGUACAUCAAUAUCUAUUAUUUGUAUAAUGACUCAUCAAAGAACAAAAAAUUGGAUUUACCUAGUGAAUAGAAUAUAGUUAAAAAAAAGAAUUGAUUAAGAUUGGAUUUGAUCCAUAUCAAAUAUAUUAUUUCAAAAUGGAUUCUUGAAGUCAUUCUAAUCAUAACACUAAAUUCUUUUUAUUGAUACAUAAAUGUACUCACAAAAUAAAAUAUUUCAUCGAAACAUUGAUAAAAUCGAAUCAUUGAUAAAAUGGAUUCAAUAUGUUCUGUCCCUAAACCAAAUUUUUAUUUUUUUAUUGAAAAAUUCUAUUUUCCAAAGUUUUUUUUCUUAGUAUUAGAUAUAAAUCUACCUAUCGAAUCUUAGUAUUAGUAAUAAAUGAUAGAAAUGAAGUUUUAACCUCUCGUCCUUUGCAACAAACGAAUCAUUCCUGUGAAGAAUUUUCUCUUUAUUGGAACAUUACUUCUUUUUUUUUCUUAUUAUGACUGGAAUAAAAAAAUUUAGAAAUAUAAAUGAUUAAUAAAAAAUUUCUAUGGAAUUAUGAAAGAACGAAAAAUAUUUUUUUUUAUCGAAUCAUAUCAUUAUAUUGACAAUUGCAAAAAACUGUUCAUACUAUGAACGUAGUAUAAUGGCGGUCGGGCAAGUAUGCCCCCAUCGUCUAGUGGUUCAGGACAUCUCUCUUUCAAGGAGGCAGCGGGGAUUCGACUUCCCCUGGGGGUAGGGUGUUACGAAAGGAAGUUGAUCAAAAAUUUUCAAUAAAAACUGAAAUGUAUUCUUCCUAUUGUGCUGGGUCGAUGCCCGAGCGGUUAAUGGGGACGGACUGUAAAUUCGUUGGCAAUAUGUCUACGCUGGUUCAAAUCCAGCUCGGCCCAAGAAUUUGCCGAUCCACUAUGAAAUUCUAUAACCCAUUUAUAGUUCUCUGGAAAUGACUGAUGUGCUAUGAUACGGAAGAAUCAAAAUAUUAAACAUAUCUAAGGUUAUUUCUUUUUUUUCUGUAUUCCAUAUUUCUUUCCACAAAUUCAAAAUCUUGUUAAUAAUCGGUAUUCAUGUCAAGAUCUGUAAGUAGAAAAUAUAAGGAAAAAUUGAAAAAAAAAAUAUUUUUUUUUCAUUGAUUCAAUUUUCAAUCGAUUUGUUAAUAGAAUAAGAAUAAGAAACGGAUUACGAGUAAUUUGUGUCGAUCUCACUAAAGUGGAUAUCGAUAUACAUAUCAAUAUAUAAAAAAAUGCGCUUUUUUCAUUUACAACAAAAAGGUUCGAAUCCGAAAUAGAAAAAGAAAAGGUUUGACAGAAACGGUCCGUAAAAAUAUUUAUACAGUACACCCCUUUCCCUGGGAUUGUAGUUCAAUUGGUCAGAGCACCGCCCUGUCAAGGCGGAAGCUGCGGGUUCGAGCCCCGUCAAUCCCGUUGGAUAUAAAUCCAAAAAAAUAAAAAAGAAAUUCCUUUUUUGUGUAUUUGUAGGGAAUCAAAUUGAUAAACAAAAUUUUAUUUGGGGCCCCCCCUGCUUUUUCAUUUGUUUCGCCGAAAAAGGAAGGAAAGGGAUUUUGGACUUUCAUCAAGAAUAAAUGUUUUUUUGUUUUAUUUAGUAUGGAUAAAAGAUCUUCCUAUGUUAUACUAUUUCAUGAGUUGAUUUGAUAGCUCAGAUUUUGUGAUUCAUGAUAUUGAUCCGAUUUGAUAUCAUUGAAAUCCAAUUUAUACCAUUGUUGAAAGAUUGAACAUUUCUAUGGGAUUAAAUCCCGAAUUUUUUUUUUAGAAAUUUAAGAGAAAUAGAACAUAAUAAAGAUUAUGGAAGUAAAUAUUCUCGCAUUUAUUGCUACUGCACUGUUUAUUCUAGUUCCUACUGCUUUUUUACUUAUAAUUUAUGUAAAAACGGUAAGUAAAAGUGACUAAUUUCCCUGAAAUAUGAUUUCUUCAUUUUUAUGAAUGAUUUAAAAAAAUGAUCGUACAAUCAGCGUAAUCCAGAUAGUAGAAAUCAAUUUGAUUUCUACUAUCUGAGAAUUGCGUCCAAUUUUUUUUUUCAGAUUCUUUUUACAAACAAUUCCGGUAUCUUAGGAAAAAAAGGGGGUAAAAAAACAGGAAUGGUUAUUACACGGUCCGCCAUUUUCCAUAUAUAUAUAUAUAUCUAUAUAACCAGGUUAAGCGUCAGUUCAUCGAAAUAGAAAUUUUAAGAAAAAUUUGAUUGGAAUAGGAAUCCAUUUCUUCUUCUUUUUGAUUCCCUUGUUUUUCUCAAAAUAGGAAUAUGGGAAUAAUGAAAAUAUUUGUUUGAUUGAAAGAGUAUUUUCAAUUCCUAUAAGAUACAUAGAAUACAUUACACUACUAAAAUAUAAUAGAAUCAAGAUAGAUUUUCUAUUUGAACUCAAUUAAUUAGUAUUAGUUUAAAUGAAAUAUUUUCAUUCAAUAGUUUCGAAAUUCAAAAAUUCAGGUAGAAAUCAACAAGGUUACUUGGAUCCCUUAACUCAAUUUUUAGUAUCCCUAUAGCCCACUUCUUCCCCAUACUACGAGGGAAAGGGAAAAUGAAAAAACUACCAUUAAAGCAGCCCAAGCAAUACUUACUAUAUCCAUGUAAAUUUUGUCUCCUAUCUCUAUAAAUAUGAAGGAACUAUUUCAUUAUUUUUUCAAAUUUUUUAUUCUAUUCUUUUUUUUGUAUUAUUCGCUAAAAAUACUAUACUAUAAUAGUGGAAUUGCUAUUACAGAGUCAAAAAAAGGAUUCUGGGCUAACAUCAUUCACGAAAAACAAGAAUUCAUUCUAUUUAUUAGUUAUUAGAACAUCUAAAAAGUUUUUUUUGAUUAUUUUUAGUAAAAUCAUAAAACAUUAAACAUAAAAAAAUUAUAGGAAGUUAUAAGUCAAUGAAUGUUACUACCAGGUGGGAAUAUUAAGAUUUCUCUUUUAUCAUUUCCUUAAGGAUUUCAUAAAAAAAGAAUCAAGACAGAUUCAUUUGCAUACUUAUACUCUUCUUUCUAUUUGAAAUAGUCCCUUAAAUGUCUCCCAAUUCGUUCUCUAAAAUAAUUAAAAAAACUUUUUUUCUUUUCUAUUCGAUUUUAGAAUCAAAACUUUUUAAUUUUAUUAGAAUAUAGAAUAUGAAAAUCUAAAGAAUACUUUUUUUGAAUAUUACGAAAGCGAAUUAGCUAAAUUAAAGCUAUUAAAUAGAAUUGAUCUAAAUAAAUAAUAUUGAUAAAAUGUGGAAGCACUCAUAAACUUUAAAUUAGUCUGUAUAGAAGGUUUUUCUUCUGCCUUUUCUCUACCUAAAAAUGGACUUUCCUAUCCGACUUAUUCUUAAUCCAAUCUAAUAAAAGACCCAGUCAGGAGACAGACACUACAAUAGUUGUGUAGUGAACGAACUAUCAUUUCUAAAUUUAUGGAUUCCUUUUCACUACUAGAAUCUUUCCUUGAAUUCGAGACAAAAAUAUUUACAACAUUUUUUAAGCUACUGAUGCUUAUAAUUUCGAAUCAAACGCAAUUCUCAAGACUCCUUUUCCCUCGCUUGCUUCUGUUGGAAAAAAAGUUUUCUAAAAAAACGUAAUAUAAUCUUUCAUUUACAGUUUCUUAUCGAUCAGGCGACACCCGGAUUUGAACUGGGGAAAAAGGAUUUGCAGUCCCCCGCCUUACCACUCGGCCAUGCCGCCAAUAAAAAUAUAGAUAUGAAGUUUUUGAGAAUACUCCCCCCUUUUCUUUCUAUUGAAAAAUUGAAAAACAAUCUUGAGACAAAUCGCAACCGUUAACUAUUCUUUUAUGAAUUAUUCUUGAAUAUUUGAAUAGAAAUUUUUUUUUCUUAAUGAGAUCAGAAAAUAAAAAUUGAUACAUAACCAAUCAAUAUUGCUUUUUUUUUUAACUUUGUUCAUUCUAAUUAUAACAGCAACUUUCAAUAUAUGUAAACCCUAGAAUAUCAAUUUGAUCUGUUACACAGAUAUUAUCUAAUCGAGUAUCUUAUCCAUAUCUAUAUAGAUAUAGAAUACCAAUACUAUACGGUAUUUUCAAGAAAUUAUCGUGCUUAUUCUUUUUUUACAAUUUUCAAUAGAAAAUUUGUAAAAAUUCACACAACAUGUUAUGUGUUUGUUAUCCUGAACAAAUAUGACUGCAAUAAAGUUAGAGACAGAUCUAUAGCUGCAGUUAAAUAUAUGCAUGUUUCAAAAAUACAAGCCUUAUUACAUUACACAUAACAUACUCUAAUCAUAUUCUCCCCAAUUCUCUCCAAAAUACUUCACUUCAAAAUAUAUCUUUUCUUGACAAUUUCGAAUGGAUUUUUUUUUGUAUCCAAUUGAAUUUGAAUAUGUAAUAUCAUAAUAAUGAUAGAAAUGAAAUGCAUUUUUUUAGAUUCCUAAAAAAAAGAUUGAAAUGCCCGUAGAAAUUUCCAAUCCUUUUUUAGAUUAGACUUUCGAUUCUAUCUGUUUGUUUUGUUGCAAAUUCCUUCGAAGUUGAGUAUCAAAUUCUAA